GGCGCUAUAGUGCUCUGUACUCACCAACACAUACACGCACGGCAUCUCGUCGCUAGGAGGACUCACUACUCGUCGCUGUCGGCCGGGCGUUCAGACUUCAGUUCGCCCAAGUCCGUCUCCGGUGUUUGUCCACGGCAGUCGCAGGUGUUCCGAAACCGAUUUUUUCGAGUUUCGAGUUUUCGUAAUUGGCGUUGUCGACGGGCGAAAAAAAAAAAAGGAUUAUUUUGACUAUUUUUUACAAACGAUAUUAAAUGAAAAUUUCGCUUUACCUUUCCAACAACAAUAAUAAUAAUAUUAUCAUCGGUUCGUUUGGUUAUUUUAUUGUAUUCUUUUGGUGAAUUUUUAUUCUUUUGCCGUUAUCAAAUAAUUGCGGCUUACGAAAAAAUCUAAAUUUUAAUAUUCUGAAGUAAAAAUUUCAUCCGGCCAAAAUUGUGGCACGAUUCGUUCCACAAUUAUCUCAGCAACCGGACCGGCAGCCAAACGUCAUCAGCUUCCACACCAGCAUUCGAGGCCAAUCGUCAUGGACUUGUUUGUCGACGGCGUGUGACAGCCGACGGUGAACCCCAAUGAGACGUACCUCAACGACAAUGAUGUUUAGCCGCGGUGCCGCGACUGCGGUAUGGUUGAUUAUCGUGAUGACCGCAGUAGUAGUCAUCCAGGGCCACUGUCCGUCCAAUUGUUCAUGCGACGACGACACGCUAGUGGUGUACUGCAAAGAUGAUAACCUGGAUGUCAUCCCUAUCACGUUGAACCCGUCCAUUCAGAGGCUGGUAUUAAUGCACAACCGCAUUAAGAUCGUCGACGCCUCUUUCCAAUUCUACGGGGCUCUCCAGUACGUGGACAUAUCGCACAACCAUCUAGUCAACAUACCGAACAAAGGGUUCGAGGCACAGGAAAAGCUCAUCGAACUGCACCUCAACCACAACAAGAUCUCGUCCAUCAACAAUAAAACGUUCAUCGGUCUGGUCUCGCUUACAAUUUUGAACCUGCGAGGCAACUACUUGGAAGACUUACCCGACAGGCUGUUUGCGGCCUUGCCCAAACUCGAAGAACUUGACCUGGGAGAAAACCGUAUAUCUCGCAUCGAUCCGGCAGCGUUUCAAGGUCUCAGCCGACUCCGAGUGCUGUACCUAGACGACAAUCAACUCAGAGCCGUGCCUACGCCUUCCUUCAAAUUCCUCGGUAACCUGGCCGAAAUGCGAAUCGGCCUAAACGCUUUCACCACGUUGGACAACGACUGCUUUACCGGCCUAAGUCGCCUUUCCGUGUUGGACCUCACUGGUGCCGCCCUUAUCAAUAUCAGCACCGACGCGUUCAAAAGCCUCACCGCGCUCCGCCGGUUGGUAUUGACCGACAACAGGUUGUCGGCUAUACCCACUCGGCAACUGUCGGAGCUCAACCGUCUGGAAGAACUGUCCAUCGGCCAGAACGAUUUCACGACUCUCGAACCCAACGCUUUUAAAGGGUUGUCUAACUUGCGGACACUAGACAUAUCGGGCGCCGCUCAACUGUCGAUAAUCAAAAAGGGCGUUUUCACGGAAAACUUGAAUCUGGAAACCAUAAACUUCAGCAGUAACAAGCAACUUAGCACCGUAGAAAGCGGCGCUCUCAUAGGAUUGCCCAAUCUUAAGAACUUGAUUAUGCGCAACAACGCAUUUACGUCCUUUUCCGAAUCGAUGGUCACUUGGCAAGAACUCCAGCAGAUCGACCUUACCGAAAACCCAGUGGUGUGCGAGUGCUCUGUGCUGUGGUUGAAGGAACUGUUGGUCCGUCGGAACACAAGCCUAAUGGUAUGCUCCGGUCCGGUACCGCUCAAAGGAAAGUCGCUCAAUUCGCUCAGCUCGGAAGACCUGUCGUGUGCCAAGUUCUACACCAAACAGCAGGCUAUAGUGGGUGCCGUAUUCGGGUGCACCGUGGCGUUCAUAGCGCUCAUGAUGCUUCUGGCGUACCGGUUUCGCAAACGGUUGCACCACUCGUUGAAGAAGACGUUCUGGUCCAAGGAAACGGUGGUCAACCGAAAGGAUCUCGAGUAUCAGAAGACAUUUUCAGACGAAGAGUACAUAGUGAGGAACUCGACCGCUCAACAUGGCCAACACAGACCCUAUGCAAGCGGCGUAUCCGGCACCGUCGAUCGCCGUCAACACCACCAUCUCCACCACGGCCAGCAGCCGCCCAACCAGCAUAUUUACCAAACACCGCACCAGCUGCACGGCGGUCAGACUUUACAGCCUUAUGCCCACCACCAUCACCACCAGCAGCAGAACCUCUACCACCAUCAGCUACAGCAGCAGCAGCAACAGCAGUUCUACCACCAGCAAAAUACCUUGCCCCACCGCAACGACAACACUAUACCGGUGACAGAGCUAUAGCUAGAGCUUUUCGCCUCGACGUCGGCCGAACAGGCCGCCGCCGACAGGCGAUUUUUCCGUGGCGGUUCCUCGUCGGACGGGACCACUAGCGUUACCGGGUUCUCCUACAUUUCUGGCGAAAUCUGUAAAUACAACAACGGCGUCCAAACCCUGAGUCAUUCCAAUAGCAAACAGAGAUCACUUCAACACCAGCAACAGUCAUCCGGUUGCCGCGUUUACCAUCCACACUCCUUACGCCGUUUUCGUGAUUCUUAAAUUGAUUCUUAUGUCGUGGGUCCGCCCCCACGCCCAUACCCUAAGUUCCUCCCAUCACGGAUUUCACUUUUUCUCUCAACACUUAGGUUUAAUAGGAUUACUAUUAUUAUUAUUAUUAUUAUUAUUACUAUAAUAACUAUUUAGUAACUCGACGGUCUGCUGUGGGUUAAGUCGAGUUAUUACCCCCCCCCCCCCCCCCCGAACCCUGAUUUAUAUUAGAAUUUUACUGUAUUCUAUUAAUUGUAUGUCAUAAUGACAUUAUAAAAUAUAGUAUACGUGUACGAACAAUGUACAUAUAGUUAAUAAUUACAACAAUUAUUUAGAAUAGUAAAUAUAACAUUACAACGCAAACGCCAAUGUGUAUCGCUGACAAUUCGGAUCAGAAUGAAAUUCGCCGUGUUUCAGUUUAUACUGAUUCACUUUGUGUAUUCGGAUUAUUGACUAUUAUCGUCUCGGUUUACGGGCAAGUUGCUGUUUGUGUUGUUAUUGUCGCGUUUAACUAUUUCUAAGCCAUCGAAUCGAUUGCAAAGCGUGGGCGUCGAAAAAACUGACUGUUUCCUAUAUAUUAUACGCGAUAUACAUAUUAUUGUAAAAGCGCGUGUAUUAUUAUAGAUCGACAAAUAUUCUGUGAAAACGUGACGAUAGUUUUUUUUUCAAACAAUCUAGUCUUAGAAUAAUAAAUAUUGUUUUAUUGUGUGUAUACUUACCCUAAAUGUAUUAUAGCAGUUUUAAGACAAAAACAUUUGUACCUAUGUAUAUAAUUUAUUUUUGUUAUUAUUUUUUUCUGUAAACUGUCGUUGCAUUUCUAGUACACUCUAUUAUUAUCAUCUUUGGAUAACCAAUGUAAGUUGACCACCCAUCCUUUCUGCUUAGAAAUUCAGCCGUCAACGCGGUUCUCUUACUUUUUGUUGGUUUGUCUUUAUUACACCUACUAUCAAUAUUAUUACUAUGACUAUAUUAUACUUACUUAUUAUUAUUAAUUAUUAUGAUUAUUAUUAUUAAUUAUAUUAUAUUAUAUUCAAUGUAAAGGAAAACAAAAUAUAAAACGAUUUACAGAUACACAA